UCACGGAGGUAACAAAAAUCCCACAAUGCAGUGCAAUUUUUACUUCAGUGAAACUCAGUUACAUGGCAUUUGAGAGUGAAUAUCUUUAUAUUUAUUGCCAUAAUUCAUCUCAUACCUCUAGUGGGUGUUGGCGCUGGUGUUUGGUGUUUGGGUUUUCGAGGACUUGCUGGUUGCUCUCUUCACAGUCCCAGCCUGCGGCCUGGGGAUCUGAAUGAGGAUGGAUCCAGAAUAUGAACAUCGCCUCUUCCGCCAAAUUAACAUUCAAAAUGACAACUUGAGUCCUGUUAAAAUGACUCAGAGUUGGACUUCCACUGGUUCCCCAUUGUCUUCACCCAGUAAGCUUGGAGACAGAUUCAUUCCAACCAGAGCUGGGGCCAACUGGAAUAUCACCUUCCACAGGAUCAGUGAAAAUGAGAAGUCACCAAGUCAUAACAAAAAACCAAAGGAUGCCUCUUCUGAUAAUAUCAAAGACGGGCUUGCCUAUUCUGCUUUGCUGAAGAAUGAGUUGCUGGGAGCAGGAAUAGAAAAGAUCCAGGACCCCCAGACUGAGGACAGGCAUCUACAGCCAUCCACCCCUGAGAAGAGGAGUCUCUUCACUUAUUUAGUCAAUACCCAAAGGUCGUCUCCAGAGAAUGACAGCAACAUCUCCCCCUACUCUCUAUCACCUGUCAGCAACAAAAGUCAGAAAUUGUUGCGUUCACCGAGAAAGCCAACUCGCAAGAUCUCAAAAAUUCCCUUUAAAGUUCUUGAUGCUCCAGAGCUUCAGGAUGAUUUUUAUCUCAACUUGGUGGACUGGUCUUCUCUCAAUGUGCUCAGUGUCGGUCUGGGUACUUGUGUUUACUUGUGGAGUGCCUGCACAAGUCAGGUAACAAGGUUGUGUGAUCUGUCAGUGGAGGGAGACUCGGUCACAUCAGUUGGCUGGUCUGAGAGGGGUAACCUGGUGGCAGUGGGGACUCAUAAAGGUUAUGUUCAGAUCUGGGAUGCUGGUGCUGGGAAAAAACUCUUUGCCUUGGAAGGACACACAGCCAGAGUUGGUGAGAACAUAGAUGAGUAUGCAUUAAACUAUCCUGUUAAAAAAACAUGAAAUGCCGACCAGUUGUCUUCAGGAAGCCGCGAUCGUAUGAUUCUUCAAAGAGAUGUGAGGACACCUCCACUGCAGUCAGAGAGGCAGCUGCAGGGACACAGACAGGAAGUGUGUGGCUUGAAGUGGAGCACUGACCAUCAGCUGCUUGCAUCCGGUGGGAACGACAACAAGCUGCUGGUUUGGAACCACUCCUCGCAGAGCCCGGUGCAGACAUACGUAGAUCACCUGGCUGCAGUUAAAGCCAUUGCCUGGUCCCCUCACCAGCAUGGCCUGCUGGCCUCUGGAGGUGGCACUGCUGACCGUUGUAUUCGAUUUUGGAACACCCUUACAUCGCAGCCGCUGCAGUGUAUGGACUCCGGCUCUCAGGUCUGCAACCUGGCCUGGUCCAAACAUGCUAAUGAGCUGGUAAGCACCCAUGGCUACUCUCAGAACCAAAUCUUGGUCUGGAAAUAUCCAGCUCUCACUCAGGUGGCCAAGCUCACAGGACACUCCUACAGAGUCCUCUACCUGGCCAUGUCCCCAGAUGGUGAGGCGAUAGUGACAGGAGCUGGAGAUGAGACUCUACGCUUCUGGAAUGUAUUCAGUAAAACACGCUCAACAAAGGAAUCUGUAUCAGUUUUAAAUCUCUUCACCAGGAUACGAUAACUUUAACCCAAUGUAAAAU